GAAGCGCGUCGAUGGUUACCGACAUGGCGCAACAGUUUCAGCUGUAGCAAGCGACGAUAAAGACUUAAUUUUGCCUGCUUUAAUUAAAUUACAUUUCAAGAUAGCAUUCAGUCGGUUUUGAUCCAGGUGAAUUUCGUAUCAAACUACUGGAAGUUAUAAAGUCAUAGGUAGUACGUUUUCUGCGCUGUCUGUCUGUAUUUAUUUACUAACUGGCUGGCCAGUCUUCAUUUUGCUGUCAUUCUCAAGUGCACCAAUAUUUUACCAGAGCAGAUUAAUUCUGGUCGUGCCAGCUAACGUUAUGUUAUUGCGCGGCCGUUCCAACAUCAAUAAGAUGCAGCUUUUCUUGUUCGGAUGAGAAGUUUGGUGUGUGGAGACCUGUCAUCAGCUUGUCAUCCUGAUCUUCGGGAUGCCAGUCCUGGAGGACACACUUUACUACUCCAACAUUAGAUCAGAUGUACAUGAAGGUAAUGAAGAUGAAAGAGAAGUGUUGGUACAAGAACAGAGGUACUGUCGAACUCGGGCUCGCAAGCUUUCCCUGGAAACAAGACGCAGACGAAAGGCUCUAGAGGAGAGAAGGAAACAGUGGGAUGUUCAGGAGCAGAGACUGAGGGAGAACAUUCUACAGCAGCGCCAUCAGAGGGUCCAGGAUGCAACAGAGAACUUCCAAAGAGCUCAUCUCCCUCCUUCCCAGAGAAAAAGACCAGGAGCCUUUAAGAGAAGAACACUCAACCUUGAUGAAGCACUUCAUCAUAUUCAGAGCAGUCCGCACUUAUACACUCAACAAUCUCCAUUUCUGGCAAGUGGCUUCACCAUUAGCAGGAGCUGCACUCCCUCCCCAAAGCCUUCAGGGGGCGCCCGUCACCUACAUGCCUUAUCUGCAGCUGAGGCCUAUGCCAAACUCCUGCAGGAGAAGAGUCUGAGUAACUUCAAGAACAACCAGCUGCUCUUCCUCAGUGAGCAACAGGAGACCCAGGCCGCUCUGAAAGAAAAAGAGCAGGCCGAUCUACAGGAGUAUCUUGAUACCCCAAAUAGCGAGACAGAGAGUCUGUCUAGUCUGGACAGCUUAGAGAACGGAGACACUCAGAAGACCCAUGACACUACACCGGUUUGUUGCUCCCACCAGAGCACCACCUGUACCCAGUCUUUCUACCUCCCUGUGGAUCCCCCUAAACUCCAAGACCCCAAAAAUCCUCCAACACCAUUCAGACAGUCCAACAACCCAUGUUCACCAUCUCAUCACUCCACUUCCGUAGCAAAGAGUUUCCUGGAGGAGUUCUUAAAUCAAACAAGCAAACUCAAUCUCAACUCACCCUCACCAAAGAAUCGUGAGUCAACAGAAGAAAACAGGAGUCUCCGGAAUUGCACGCAAGAAAGAUUUGUAAACUCAAAAGACCAAUUGCAGACCUUCAACACCCAUAAUUGCCAAAAAGAACUGACUCAGCAGGACUUAGCUACUAAUUCAGAACAUAUGACUCAUGAUAAUGACAGAAACGCUCAAAGGAACAUUUUGAAAGACAAAGGAUCUGUGGUUGCCCACUGCAAAACACAAGCCGUGCCAGAUACCACACCCUUGGAAUCCUCAAGUCUGACUAAAGACUUUAAGUCAGAAUCCAAGCAGCAGACAAGAACCCUGGAGGAAAAAUAUGCUAAACAUUUAUCAGAAACACAGACAGCUCUUCCAGCCAGCAAAUGCAAACACAGCAACAGUUCAUUCGAAGCCUUUUCGUGCUCCUCUGCCCAUCUUAGCAUAACGUAUCGGACUGACACAAGAUCCCCCAACAUACAACCAAUAGAAGAACUGAGUUCUUCACAUUCACAUCAAUGCAAACCAGAUGUAUAUGCUGCCACAGGGCUCAAGAUAGAAUCCAAACCGCAGAGCAUAGAGGAGAGUAUAACCAUAGAUCCUAAAAAUGAAACGGAUGUCACCAAACUGGAAAAAGCUGGAAUGCUGAAUUCUUCUAAAAGCACGGAGGAACCAAACAGAACAUCUGCAGACCCCUUGACCCAUUCCCCCCCUAACAACAAUGUCAGAUUCUUGAAAGGGAUCCUUAAAAACCAUUUAAAAUCCAAAUCAGGCAAUGUCAAAUUCACUUAUACUCCUGGCCAUUUGCUUUUCACUAAAGAAGUGGCUAUAUUAAUCCGGGACAGUGUAGAGCUGGCCAGGACAAAACUCAAUGAGCCAGAGCAGAAUAAGGCAGUUAAGAAGAAACUACGCUGGUUUGAUGAGGUAGAUGGAGUUGAGGGGGUGGACAGAGUGUUUAGAGACCCCGGCAGGCAUUCUAACCUGCCUCAACCUACACAUAAACAGCUCUCUGUAGGUCACUCGGACCAUGUGAAUUUCACAGGGGUAUCAAAGAACAUCUCCAAUAAGACCUCUGCUGUCACCGCUGGGCCCCAAUCCACUAGACGGGCCUGGGCAGAUGUAGGGCCCCAAGAAAGCCGUACACAGGAGCCCACCUCUCAAAGAAGAGCCUUCUGCACUGAGGGCCCACGGACUCCCCGGAGAGCGCGCUCAGCCAGAGUCGGCUCGUGUCCCGUUACCUCCCGGGCCAGGAAGGGCACUAUCAUCAGACCGCAAUCUGCCAGGGAAGCGCAACAUGUGGCCAAGAAUCAGGGGAAGAUUUUGGUGCCUCGUCCCCCUCCAAAACCUGAAGCUGUGGAGUGUAACCUAGCUGAGGGUCCCAUGUACAUCUCAAAGGCAUCGUGCAUUGACGAUGGUGUACAGAGCAGACCGGAUCUGCAGGAUCUGGCCUUUUGCAAAGACACUCCAGAUAGCCAGGCAAUAGUUAAUCGACCUACCCUCAGAAUAGAUGCUAUCUGUUCUCCAGUGCCACCCUACUGUACCUUCUCCCAUGAGACCCUCUCCCCUCCAGAUGCCCCUACAGACAAUGCCAGGCGCAGGUGUGGAGAGAGCGGGAUAUGUUUGGACCGGACUCCAACAGAUGAGGAGAUCUCACUGCUCUGGCAUGGAGUCCGAAGUGCUCUCGCCAGUAAAGACGGUGACCCUCAAAGUUUUCUUGCUCACAAUGGCCCGUUGUCUUCUUCGCCUCAAGCCUGUGCCAGUCUGUCCCAUGUCACUAUCAAUGGUGAUAGUCUGGUCAGUGGUGUCAAAGGAGCCUCAAAAAUGGGUGGAUUUUUCUUGUCUUCCUCUAACAUGAGAAGUCCAAUAAGGAGACAGGCUAUGGAGAAUAAUAUGGUGAAGAGCCGAGUUUCAAUGGAAAACAGCAGGAACCAAACUGCAAGAACAACACAGAGAAAGCCUAGUUUUCCUUAUCAGGUCACUGUGCCAAGUCCUCUAUAUCCAAAUAAAAAUGGUCAUGCAGCUGACAGUGAAGGCCCAGAGGUGUCAGAUGGUGCUCAAGAAGUAGAGGACUGUGCUCAGACCCAUAAGAUCUCCAACUGUCCGAUUGGAACAUUGAGCCAGAGAAUACAGUCGCUCAGUGUCAGUGCUGUGUCAAAAGAGGAGCAGAAGAUCCUGCAGUCACUCGAGAGACUCAAUCAACGGCUGCAAUAUGUGCAAGAUACAGCUGGUGGCAACCCAGCAGUGAGGGGCAUCUUUACUUUGGGUCCUGCAUUAAACCAGACCGGUGAGACUGUAGGAGUCACCGUGCGUAGGCGAGGAGCCUCUGCUGAUAAUCGCACCCGAACUCAACAGCGUUACUGACUACACCUCCCAUGAUCCACCACUCCCUCAAGCACCCUCUCUCAAAUGCACUUAGCAAAUCUUCAGACCUUAUGAUUAUAUGCUGUAUUUUGCUGAGAUAUACUCUAAAACUUUAUCUGAGUGGUAUUUAAUUGUUUUUUAAAGGCAUAGUUCACCCAAAAAUUAACAUUUGCAGAAAAUGUACUCACUCCCUGGCCAUCCAAAAUGUGUUUCUAUAUAUAUAUAUAUAUAUAUAUAUAUAUAUAUAUCAUUUGGACAGAUUGGGAGAAACUUAGCAUUGCAUAACUUGCAGCUCACAAAUAAAUCCUCUACAGUGAAUGGGUACUGUCAGAAUGAGAGUUCAAACAGCUGAUGAAAUCAUCUCCAGUCCAUCAUUUAACAUCUUGUGAAGUGAAAAGCAGUGUAUUUGUAAUUAACAAAUCUAUCAUUAAGACAUUUUAACUUCAAAUAUCCAUUAAUCCAUUUUUUUUUUUCAGUGAAAAGUUGUCUCUUCUGAAUCAGGAGAUAAAUAUGCACAGAUCCAGCAGAGUUUAUAAGCGAAAACGGUCCUAAACAGUUCUAAAAAAAAUCAGAACGUUUUUACUGGAGGAAGCACGACUAUAGAUUUUGGAGGCAACAGUUUAUUGAUUUGUUUCUUACAAACAGCCAGCUUUUCACAUAAGAUGAUAAUAGAUUGACUAGAGUGUUGUGGAAUAAUGUGAAAAAAGCCAUUCAUUCUAACAGCACCCAUUCACUGCAGAAGGAAAAUACGCAAUACUUAAUGUUUGUCUAAUAAAACAUUAAAAAAAGAAACAUUUGAAAGAAAAUGUAUUUUAUGUUCAUGUGUUGUUUGCCUUCUAAUUAGUUGGUAUUUAUUUUUCUAAAUAUAUUUUCAUAAGAAUUGUAUGUAUGCAUACUGGUAUUUUUAUUCUAAACAAUCUUGACUCUUGGAGAAAAAUAAAUUAAUUUGAGAAAGAAAAAAAAAGUUUUGUUUUGUUUUGUUUUCUUAGUGCCAAGACAGGAUAAAGGGCUUUUUGUGUAACUUGACCUCAGUCAAGUGUCAGUUAAGCAUAAAAUAGAUACGGAUUGACAUUGUAUGUGUGGCAUAAUCAUGACAGGUUUUUCUGGGUGUGUAUUUUACGUUUGUAUGUGUGUGCCUGUGACCUGUGUAAGUGAUGUUUUGUGUUUGCGUGUGUGUAAUCAGUGUAUAGAUGCAUGGGAAAGCUUAUCUAGGUGUGUGACAGUGACGUUUGAGUGACUAUUAAUUACUGCAGUGCAUUAGAGACUCACCACACAGGCUUUGCAGGAUAACGAAGUCAGAAUCCUGAUGCUCUUGUGUCAUUACCACCCUAUAACUGUCAUCA